AUGCGCCAUACAUCCCUUGAUGAUCUGCCAACGGAGGUCUUGAUUCUCAUCUUCGAGCACGUCGAUAAUCUGAAGCCAGUAGUCCUUUUGUCACGAAACGUCAACACUCUUGCCCGUCCCCUGCAUUUCCGAAGCAUUUUGCUUACGCAACGCAAGCUCAAUCUCCUGACGGGUCCAGGUCUCGACACACCAGCGCUGACGAAAAUUUACGCUUACAUUAAAAAAAUCGAAGUUCGCUCUGAAACCCCAUUGAUAGGAGUGGCAUCAUUUAUCUCAAAAUGCUCACGAUUGAGAGACAUCAUGCAAGUCUUCCUAACUUAUGCCAUGUUUUACCUAACAUCUCUCGGCAGAUGGGGAGGCUACUCGCCAGUAGUAUCAAGUGUCAUGACACCCGAUGUUGCUGAGUUAAUUGCAACAAAAAGCCCUCGGAUUCGUUUGCAUUUGAAAAGCUACUCCUCACUGCCUCCAAAUGAUUUCAUCUCAGGUCAGGCAAUUCCCACGGCCAACCUAGAAUCAUUAGUCGCUACUGGAGUGUACAAUCCUGACAGCGGACCUUUGAGAGACUUGCUCAUCAAUGCUCAAAAUCUCAAAGACCUUACCUUGUAUCGAUUUGACCAUGGGAUUUCUUCGUCAUAUUUUUCAUUUUCACCUCUCCGCCGUUUGCAUCUCGAUUCAUGUCUCAACUUGUAUUCGAGUACCGACUUCACUAAACUAUGGGGCCGCACGAACUUGGAGUACUUACGGAUCAAUCGAAUGUCGCCAUAUGAGAUAUUGGUAUCAAUGCCUGACCAAGCAAUGAUACAUCUAAGACAUCUAGAGAUAUGGCAGGAUGGCCUCGUCAAUCCGGAGCUGGAGCUUGCCCAGCAAGAGGAGAUAACAAGUGUAUUGGACAAUAUCAUUGUCCAUGCCCCAAAUUUGCAAGUGUUUAGUGUCCCGUGCCUCAUAAAGAAGAUUCGGUGUCACAAAUUUGUGCAGAAUAGUAAUCUACGUGUGCUGCGACUACGAGACUUUAGCGAAUUUAUAGAUCACAGUCAGUAUCCCAUAAUCACGUCAGACGCCUUGGGAACCACAUCACCGCCACAAAUAUUUUCAACGCCCUUGCACAGAAUGCUCCUUGUCAAGCUUUCAUGCCGUUGGCUAACCGAAAUGGACAUUGGACUUGAUUUCCGAAAUGCACAGGCCUCCUCAUAUUUAGAUGUCAUAGCGUGUUUUCUGUGCUUGCGGUAUGUGACUUUGCGUACACAUACUUUAUCAACAAUUAAACAUGUGUCACAAAUAGACAACAGUCUUGACCAAGAAGCGGCAACCAAUUGGAUGAAUUAUUUGGCGUCCAAACGGUUUCGACGUGAUCUUCUCCAAGCUAAAUUUAUAAUACAUCGUCCUAGGACACCAACCAUACCAGCCGGGCCAAUGGCUGACGCUUUCUUUUCACACGUUCAGCCUCUCCUACUUGGUAGUCACCUAGGUCCGCAGCAUAUCUUAGAAAACGCCACAGAAUUUGCUCGAGGGUUCCUUCCCGUAUUUGAGUUCACAUACAGCUUAGAGGGCAUGUCUAGCACUAUUUCCGGGAUUCGGGAGAGAAGAAAAAAGCACUUCGCGAGAGCGCUGCUCAUGAGAUCCAAGAUCAGAUAUUGA